AUGUGCACAACGACCUCCGCACCGAAGUCCAGCGACCUCCGCACCAAAGUCCAGGCGGCCGCCAGCAACACGCGGGACAUGGCGGGGACAGGCCUGGAGACUUGGGAUGCAGCUUUGGCAAGGACUGCAAGGGCAUGGGCAAAUAAAUGUGGUUUUUAACAUAACGUAUACUAAAGUAAGAAACAUCAGUGCCAUCCUAAUUUCACAUCUAUUGGAGAGAAUAUUUGGUUUGGAAGUCAUCAAACAUUCUAUGUUGCUGGUGCCAUUAAAUUGUGGUAUGAUGAGGUCAGAUUCUAUACUUUCGCAGUGCAGAAAUGCACUAAGGUUUGCAGUCAUUACAUUCAGGUUGUUUGGGACUAUUCAUAUAAAAUAGGCUGUGCUGUGACUCUAUGUAAGGAAGUUGCAGGAAUACGAAAUGCAGCAAAUUUUGUUUGCAACUCUUCAGCAGGUGUUAAUUUUCCAAGAAGACCAUAUAUAGAAGGAAAAUCAUGCAGUAAUUGUGCAAAAGGGGACACCUGUGAAAAGAAACUGUGUAGAAAUCCAGGACGUGAUAAAAUUGUCUAUUAUUCAAGAUGGCUCCCUCCUUGGGAGUUCAGCAUUGUACGCGGUGAGGCUUGUAUACUUGUAGUUUUGAGAGCAUCGCUGGUGUUUCUUGCUUUUGUAGCUGUUUAUUUUAUCAAAAAACACUUUACAAACAUGCAUAUGUCCACCUAUCUGGAUUUGAAACACAUACUGUCUUCUGAAAAUACUCGCUAA